AUGAUGAGGCGGUUUGUGAAUCUGGUGACGACUAACUGUGACGAAUGCGUCCAUUCAGUGCGCCGCAUGGAUCCUUACAAGCACUUCUUCUACCAGUCAGCAAAAGCCGCAACUGAAGCAGCAGAUGAAGCAACCAUGAAGCAAUCUAUUCCAGGGUUGCAGACCCUGCAGCUGCCGCCCUCAAGCACGAACUUCACUGCAGCAGACUAUGGGGGCAUCAUGGAUAUGUUUGCGCUCUUCAGGCCCCACGCCACCAGCGAAGGCAGAAUUGUCUAUACCACUAAGUUCGGCGAGGCCGGGCUGUACGACGCUGACAAACAUGUACACACCACCCUCAGCGCCCUCAAGGCGCCUAAGAGCAGGUCUAACAGACCCCUGCCGCAUCCUGGCACCAACCAAAACAGCAUGUAUGUCCUCGACAGGUUCCCUGGUAAGGCCAAUGGUCGAUGCUUUGAGGUCCUUGAGCCUGUGUCCAGACACAGAGAAUUGGGUAGCAACUUGAUGAUGCCGAUCUGGCGUUGGCGGGUUCUUCCACCGCCUCCAUUUAUCCGCCAACCUGGGUUCGGACCCUCCUCCAUCACUGCCUAUGGCACAGUACUCGACGGCAACGGCUGUUCCACCAUCUUUGUAUCAUGCGAUGACGGAAUCGGCACCUACAGGUUCGAGACGGCACACCUUGACCCUAGUAGCAGUCUAGGAUGGAGUCCCUCAGAGGAAUGGAGUUACGUUGGGGCAUGGAAGCUGCCCUUUGAUGGCAGAGCUCAGUACGUCUCUGAGUUCAACCUAUGGUUUGGCUUCUUUGACCCCAAACACCUGUGUGCUGUGGACCUCUCUGCAAUAGACGUCGACGGUGAACGACCACCCACGGUGCUGCAUGUUGGGCAAGAUCUGAACCUACCUGACGAAGAGUUCUGGAUUCCAAUACAACUCGAGCUUGUCAACCUGGGCGAUGGCAAGUUUCUCAUCGUUAGGAUAUUUGAAAUAGAUGAGACCAGUGAGCAGUUUGCUGUGUUCACCGGCAUAGAGAUGACAGCUGGUGUUGGUGAUGAUCAGAGCCUUAAGGUGGUCAAGCACAAGUGUGCACGUUAUGACUUCGGGUAUGAUAGCAUCAACUGGGUGCUCUGA